CGGUGCGCGCUGUGCCAGGCUGGGCGCCUGGCUCCCCGGGGCUCCCCAAGAUGCUGUUCUGGCACACGCAGCCCGAGCACUACAACCAGCACUCCACCGGCAGCUACCUGCGUGAUGUCCUUGCACUGCCGAUCUUCAAACAGGAGGAGCCCCAGCUGUCUCCUGAGAAUGACACCAAACUGCCUCCGUUUCAGUAUGUUCUCUGCACAGCCACAUCCCCUGCUGUAAAGCUGCAUGAAGAAACCCUUACCUAUCUCAACCAAGGUCAGUCUUAUGAAAUCCGUCUACUUGAGAAUAGGAAAUUGGGAGAGUUUCAAGAUUUAAACACAAAAUAUGUAAAGAGCAUCCUUCGGGUGGUUUUCCAUGAUCGGCGUCUGCAAUAUACAGAACACCAGCAGCUGGAGGGCUGGAGAUGGAGCCGGCCUGGGGACCGCAUCCUUGAUAUAGAUAUCCCACUGUCAGUCGGUAUCUUGGAUCCCAGGGCCAGCCCGACCCAGCUAAACACUGUUGAAUUUCUGUGGGAUCCAUCCAAAAGAGCAUCUGCAUUCAUUCAGGUACAUUGUAUCAGCACAGAAUUUACACCAAGGAAACAUGGUGGAGAGAAAGGGGUGCCCUUCAGGAUACAAAUCGACACAUUUAAACAGAAUGAGAAUGGCGAAUAUACCGAACACUUGCAUUCUGCAAGCUGCCAGAUCAAAGUGUUCAAGCCUAAGGGAGCUGACAGAAAGCAGAAAACAGACAGAGAGAAAAUGGAGAAGAAGACUGCCCAAGAGAAGGAGAAAUACCAGCCCUCCUAUGAUACGACCAUUCUCACAGAGUGUUCUCCAUGGCCAGAUUUGCCUUAUCAAGUGAACAACGCUCCGUCUCCAAGCUACAACAGUUCUCCAAACAGCUUCAGCCUUGGAGAUGGCAACAGUUCUCCAACCCACCAAGUGGAGCUCCUGCCUCCCAGCAAUGAUCACCUCCUUCCCUCUGCUUCCAUUCAAGAUGUCCAGCAGUGGCUUCAUCGUAAUAGGUUUUCUCCAUUCUGUAGACUCUUCUCAAGUUUCUCGGGUGCUGACUUACUGAAGAUGUCCAAAGAAGAUUUUGUUCAGAUCUGUGGGCCUGCUGAUGGAAUUCGGCUCUUUAAUGCAAUCAAAGGAAGAAACGUAAGGCCUAAAAUGACAAUUUAUGUCUGUCAAGAACCAGAGCAGAACAGGUCUCAUCUGCACCAAAAACGAGAGAAUGGAGAUGGUAAUCUGUGUGUAUAUCAUGCAGUCUUCUUGGAAGAGCUGACAACCCUGGAAUUAAUUGAGAAGAUUGCAAACUUGUAUAGCAUUUCCCCACAGCAGAUAAAUCGGAUCUAUCGGCAAGGACCUACAGGGAUCCAUGUAUUAGUGAGCAAUGAGAUGGUGCAAAACUUCCAGGAUGAGUCUUGUUUUGUUAUCGGCACAUUAAAAGCUGAAAGCAAUGAUGGCUACCACAUCAUUUUAAAAUGACCACUCGGCCUAGCAGGACUGUAACAGCCUAAAACUACAAUGCCUCACCAAGAUUGCUGCAACCCAGACUGGAAACAUGAAGAUCCAUUUGGAUAAAGCGCUCCCAUGAACUGCAAAAUACCAGAGGUCUUAAGGAAAAAGAAACUUCGUAGACAAGUGGUUUUCUGAGAACAGAGAUGAGAAUAUCUUCAGAGUCUGUGUAUUUUUCUACCCCAUCUCUCCUAUUUAGGCUUUUAAGUUGUUGAGGGUCCUGCUUAUUGCUCAGAUACAUCUGCCUUUUUCUAAAGGGAAAUGCAAAAUGAAAAGCAAUUCUCAUGGCUGGAACUGGUUUAUCUACAGUGCCUUCUGAGUACUCUUGCAUUCAGCACCAGUCUCAUCUCAGAUACAAGCUCUUAUCCUCUUUCUAGGCAGAGGACUAUGGGUUGGGAUCCACAAACGGGUGUAGGUGUAACAACAUUGAGGGUCAUAGUGCCUAGAAAAUCCCUGAAACAACUCCGCAAGCCACAAAGCCAAUUUAGACACUUCGGCUCCCCGUACAAUGAAUGGGGAGAGAGAGGCACCUUUGACUGCGAUCCACAAAGUCAACAUGCUGCAUGGAGGCACCUGUCUUGGCUAGUGAUCCACAAACUGGAGGAACACAGGUGCUGGGCUGCUCGUGUGGGACCCAAAACAUAACAGCUGGGGGUGGGGUUAGAGGAAGGGGAGGAAGACCUCCCUUGUCGUUAGCCUGGUGGAUAGGGUACUCUCACAAGAUGCGGGAGAUCCCCAGUGCAAGUGCACCCCUGCCCCCACCUCCGCAUCCUGAGGAGUAGAAAUGUGGAAGAUCCCUGUUCGAGAUUCUCUCAGGUGAGGUCCCUAUCCACCAGGCUAUGGAAUAUUCUGAGGUGGUGUUCCCUC